UGAAAUGCAUGUUCGGUUUAAAUACUGAGUUUCCUUUUUCAAAACAUUUGUCCGUCUCAGCAGAUUGUUGCUGUGUGAUUCGCGCUGAUGCACAGAAGUCCUCGUUGAAGUGAGUGUGUUUGGAGAAGACUGGAUGAAGACGGUGUCUGAGAAGAACACGUGAUGAUGGAGGAGGACAGUAAACCUCUGCUGGGUUCUGUGCAAGCGGGCGAGUAUUACACAGAUUCACUCGACCCCAGACAGAGAAGGCCGUUUCACGUUGAGCCCAGGUACAUCGUGGGAGAUGAUGUUCAGGAGAGAGUCUCCGCCGAAGCGUCCGCUCUCAACAGUAGAGUUCAAUACUACGGCCGUCUGACGGCGUCUUCAGACAGACUGCUGGUACCUCCAGAUCAUGUGAUUCCCGCCGCUGAGGACAUCUACAUCUACAGUCCGCUGGGAACAGCGUUCAAAGUACAGGGAGGAGACGCUACCGGCAAAAACCCCAGCAUUGUCACUAUUUUUGCCAUAUGGAACACCAUGAUGGGAACUUCUAUAUUAAGUAUGCCGUGGGGGAUAAAACAGGCUGGCUUCACUCUGGGCAUCAUCAUUAUUGUUCUUAUGGGUCUGUUGAUGCUCUACUGCUGUUACAGAGUCUUAAAAUCCACAAAGUCAAUACCUUUUGUCGACACCUCAGACUGGGAGUUUCCUGAUGUGUGUAAAUAUUACUUUGGGGCGUUUGGAAAAUGGUCGAGUCUCAUCUUCUCUUUGGUGUCUUUGGUCGGUGCGAUGGUGGUCUAUUGGGUUCUUAUGUCCAACUUCUUGUUCAACACGGGAAAAUUCAUUUACAACUAUGUUCACAACGUCAGCACGUCUGAUACAGAGUUUGGCACCAAUGGUUCAGAUAAAGUGAUUUGUCCGUAUCCAGGUUUGGAUCCCGACAGGAACCGCAGUGUGUUUUUGUUCUCUGUGAGUGAUAACAGUACAGGUCAUGCUGUGUUUGACCGCUGGUGGAGUAAAACCAACACUGUCCCGCUCUAUCUCAUCGCUCUUCUCCUGCCGCUGCUCAACUUCCGCUCGGCAUCUUUCUUUGCCAGAUUCACCUUUCUAGGCACUAUAUCAGUACUGUAUCUCAUAUUUCUGGUCACUCUUAAAGCCAUUCGACUGGGUUUUCACCUGGACUUCCACUGGUUUGAUACCUCUAUGUUUUUUGUUCCAGAGUUCAGGUCACUGUUUCCUCAGCUGACCGGUGUUCUGACGUUAGCAUUUUUCAUUCACAACUGCAUCAUCACGCUCAUGAAGAACAACAAACAUCAAGAAAACAACGUGCGAGACCUGUCACUGGCGUAUCUCCUGGUGGGUUUAACAUAUCUCUACGUGGGGGUGCUGAUCUUUGCUGCUUUCCCGUCACCUCCGCUGUCUAAAGAAUGCAUCGAGCCGAAUUUUUUGGAUAAUUUUCCCAGCGGUGACAUCCUGGUGUUUGUAGCGAGGAGCUUUCUUCUGUUCCAGAUGACCACCGUUUAUCCGCUGCUGGGGUAUCUGGUGCGGGUACAGCUGAUGGGACAGAUCUUUGGUGAUCAGUACCCCGGUUUUCUCCAUGUGUUUGUUCUGAACAUUUUUGUGGUGGGAGCUGGCGUCCUCAUGGCCACAUUCUUCCCGAAUAUUGGCUCCAUCAUCAGGUUCUCAGGGGCUCUGUGUGGUUUGGCUCUUGUGUUUGUUCUUCCGGCUUUGAUUCACAUGACCUCACUGAAGCGGCGGGGCGAGUUACGCUGGCCGUCGGCCGUCUUCCACACCUUCCUCAUUCUGCUGGGAGUGGCCAAUUUACUCGGACAGUUCUUCAUGUGACGUCCAGCUCAGGGUGAUUCUCACAGUCGUGAUGCUCGGACACUAACCAACUUGUCACAUUUUACUGUCGUAAGAUGUUUCGUGUAUGAAUGGUUUUGAUCAGCUUCACACAAUCUUACGCUUUCUUCAAGUUUUCAGUUUUAUGUGUUCCUUUGAAAUGUCUGUAUUCACCCACAGCACGAUCAGCGCUUUCUCUCUUUUUACACUUCAUUCAUUCGUCCACACAACUUGUGUGAAUGAUUCACAUGUCAGAUGAAGUUCUCAGAUUUGGCACUGACACACACGUUUAUGUUUAUUAUGUGCAAUAGAAACACAAGUCAAAGGUCUUCCAAACUCAGUGUUGUGUCGACU